AUGGUGCGGAAGAGACCCUCCAUCUCGCCUUCGCCUCCUCUUGGUCAGGAAAGCAGCGAUGAUGAAUUUAUCCACGAACCAUCGGUCAUCAAAGGCAGCUCCAACGCACGCAAACGUCGACGGAACAAUCCAAGUGCCACCAUUCCGGUCGCCCCGGGCAGAACGCUGCGUGACUUGCUGGGCUUGACGGCGGCAGACGAUUAUAUAGAGACGUCAGCCGCCAUCGCAGCUGGAGUCGGACGUGCCAAGAAGCACCAUGACUCUACAAUGCCACUUUCAGAUUCAGAUGGAAUCAAAACUCAAGCUGUGAAUCAGCUGGAACGGUCGCCCUCUCCGGUUUCGACGACAUCAUCCUCCUCAUCCCAGGAGGAGCUGGUCCUUCCAAUAUCGAGAUCCCCUCGCGAACCUCGAGCGUACCUUUCUCCAGCCGCACUCGAAAGAGAGGCCCUGCAGUCGGACUUAUACAUCGCUUCAAAUCAAAGCCAAGCAGCGAUCGAUUCUGACUCGGGGGGCGAUGAACCGGAACAAGCCCUGAGCCUGCGUGCCGAUUGCAAUGGAUCUUCGCCGCCGCCGAUCCUUCCAAAUGCCAGCCCAGCAAGUCGCGACAGUCAUACGAGUGACGAGGAAGACGAAGUUUCUCUGGCGAUGAGAGGCCCCGCUUUGUCCCGCCGAGCACCAAACGCAACAGCUCAGCCUGAGCGUUCCGCUACAUCCUCAGACGGCCUGCAUGGUCAGAGGCCAUCGUUUCCCAUUCCAGCAGAGCUCAGAGAUAUUGGUCCUCUGACUCUAGCCCCUGGCAUCGAGGUACCUGCUACCAUCAAUCGCUUCCUUCGAAGCUAUCAGCGAGACGGUGUUCGCUUUCUUUACAGAUCCUAUUCAGAAGGUAGAGGCGCCCUGCUUGGAGACGACAUGGGUCUCGGAAAGACCAUCCAGGUCAUCGCACUCCUUUCAGCGAUCAUGAGCAAGACUGGAUACGAGCACGAUGCCGACCGUCGCAUUGAAGCCAUCCGGAGCGACAGACAAAGCUGCACUUAUCACCGCGCGGACGCCAUAUGGCCCACAUGUCUCAUCAUUUGCCCGAGCUCAGUCAUCGACAACUGGCGUCAUGAGCUCGACACAUGGGGCUACUUCGAACACGCAGCUUACAGCGGCACUCGUGCCAAGGACACGCUCGAGUCUUUCCGUCGAGGUCGGCUCGACAUCCUCGUCACCAGCCAUGAAACGGCAUCGCUCUCCAUCGAACACCUGCGCGAUCUCGAUUUGUCCUGCGUGCUCAUCGAUGAGGCGCACAAGCUCAAGAAUCCCAAUUCGCAGAUGACGCGAGCCAUGCAAACUUUUCGCUGCAAAGCGCGAUUCGCAUUGACAGGAACCGCCAUCCAAAACACGUACCGCGAGCUAUACACGCUGGCCGACUGGACCAAUCCUGGUCUGCUAGGAACGGUCAAAGAAUGGAUCGCUGAAAUUGAGGAUCCGCUCAAGCACGGUCAGAAGCGCGGCGCAGACCCGGAGCGCAUCGCUGACGCCAGGACGAGGGCGGAAAAAUUGGUCACCAACGUCUUACCCAUCUUCUUCCUGCGCCGCACAAAGGCGCUCAUUGCUGAUCAGCUUCCUCGCAAGUUCGACAAGAUCGUCUUUUGCCCGCUCACGCCGACUCAGCUGGACGUGUACAAACGCAUCUUAUCGGAAGACGAGGUCGAGCUGAUGAAGCGACAUGCAGAUCCUUGCGACUGUGGCCGGCUCGAUCCUGAUACCGGUCUCCCAUAUCGACGCCAGAACUGCUGCUUCAAACGCGACAGCACAGGAGGAGCGUGGAACAAGAACAUGCUCAAGUACAUCUACCUUUUACAAAAGUGCUCCAACCACGUCGCUCUCGUGUUCCCAGAUCCGGAAGAUGCAAGCUCCAAGGAGCCGGAUCGCGUGGAGAGGUACGACCGCCAACUCUCGUACGUGCAGCUCAUGUUUCCCAGUAGCUGGCAGGGCAAGCGAUGCAAUGCUGCAAACGGCAUGGAGCCCGGGUUUUGCGGCAAAUGGAAGGUGCUGGCUGGAUUGCUGGCACAGUGGCACGUCGACGGCGACAAAGUGCUGCUAUUUUCCACUAACCUGCGGCUUCUCCAGUUCAUCGAGUUCUUCCUGGCUCGCGAAGGGCAUAACUUUCUCAGACUCGAUGGAUCUACGCCGCAGCCGCGUCGUCAACAGCUGGUCAACCAGUUCAACAGGGAUGCGAGCAUUUUCGUCUUUCUCAUCUCGACCACGGCAGGCGGCACAGGACUCAAUCUGACGGCGGCAAACCGAGUGGUGGUGUUCGAUCCGCAUUGGAAUCCGUCGCACGACCUGCAGGCCAUGGAUCGAGCGUAUCGAUUCGGUCAGUCGAGGGACGUGUACGUGUAUCGGCUGAUCGGGGCAGGAUCUCUGGAGGAGGUGAUCUACGGUCGUCAGCUGUACAAGCAGCAGCAGAUGGAAAUCGGCUACAACGCUGCCAAGGAACGUCGCUACUUUGAAGGUGUCGCCGGCGAUCAAGGCAGCCUGGGCGAGCUGUUCGGAUGCAAGAAUUUGUUCACGCUCCAUGAGAGCAGCUUGGCGAUGAAGUCGAUCAUCGACGAAUGCAACAUCUCGGAGGUGACGUUUGCACUGGAGCAAUACCUGAAAUCGGGCUCGCUCGAUGAUCAAGCGGCAAUAGAUACAGCCUUUGCGGAGCGUGUUGGAAGUCAGCAAGCAGACGCCGCAGAUGUGACCGAGAACCUCGAGAGGGGUGUUGACUCAACGCCUGCAGAUCCCAUCCGUAGCAUCCUCGAAGGCAGCGGGAUCGCCUAUAGUCACGAUCACGCUGCUCUGAUGGGCAACAGUGCCGCCGAAGCUGCCUUGUAUCAAGAGACGGCUCAGCGACGAGCGCCGUUGCCUCAAGUGAGCACGAGCUCCGCCAAAAGGAUUGCGUCAACGACCAAAAGACCGUCAAAGCAAACUGGCGCCUCGCAAUCCACCUCGGGCUCAUCCAAGAAGGCGGCGCCUAGAGCGGGGACUACCACAUCGGUCUGGCCGCCGCCGCGGACGAAUGUCGCCCGGACAGACACUGUAGCUACGCAGGAAGUGUUGGAGGAGUCGCAGUCGUUGGCCGUGGCAGCCCAAGGCUUGCGUCGAGCCGUGCAUCACGAUACGCACGCCACCAAGAUAGGCAUGCCUGAUCUAUCAGAUCUGGCCGAGCUUCAAAAUGUGACCGAGGUAGAGUUCGCCUCAGCCGUCAACGCAAUGCCAUCGGCGGAACAAAAGGCGUUCUUUGACGAUGCUAUUCGACGGUGGAACCGAAAGCGCAGUGUGCUCGCGAAAGCCGCCGACCGUCAGCAGCAUCAAUUUUUCUGA